AUGUCAAACACGCGUGCUUCUUCGUGGGGAUACGUGAUUGUUUUUUGCAAGUUUGUGAUGCUCUUUAUCGAUAGCGGAAUAGAGAAAUCGUUUGGCGUCCUUAUCCCUACUAUGGUUAAGCAUCUGAAAUCUGACUAUGCAACGAUUGGAUUAAUAUGCAGUAUGCCUUCAACGUUGAUGUAUAUCCUUAGUCCUUUGGUAACACUUCUUCUUCGAAGAGCCAGCAGUCGAAGUAUUGCUAUGUCAGGUGGUCUAUUGUCUGGGAUGUGUUUUGUCAUCAGCGCUUUUUUGAAAACCACCGUUACUGUAGGCGUCUGCCUCGCUCUCUCAGGUGUUGGAUUGGCAAUGACCAACAUGCCAACAAGCAUUGCAGUUAACGAUUUUUUUAGAGAAGAUUUUGUUUUCUGGAGUACAGUUGCGGGUUAUGGCUACACAGCUGGGGCCAUGGUACUGCCCAUUGUUACUGAGAAGUCAUUUCAAGCGUAUGGUUAUGAAGGGGUGUUCAUGAUUCUUGGCGGUGUCGUUCUUCACCUUCUCGUAUGUGGAGCAGCGAUUCGGAAAGUGGAACGUAUCGAUGAUGAUAAUCUAGUUAACAAUCAUGAUGACGAGGAGAACAGACGCAGGUUGAGCUCUCAAGAAGGGCCAUCGGAAGAUAAGAAAAUGUUUCGUCAAAUGGAUGAGGAAUAUGAAGAGGAAGUCGAAGAGAUCGAUGAAGAACAGGAGGUUGGGAUCUGCGAAGAAACUUGUCAAGAGGAAAGACGUUUGAUUCGGCAGGGAAGCCGCCCUAACAGAAACCAUGAAAGUUUUACAAAUGAAUCGUCAGUCAUAUCUUGCGGACUGCUGACGGAACGGAUCGUUCUCUAUUCAAUCCCGAUUCCUUUCUUGUUAUUUUACACGUCAUAUGCGUGGAUGCUGUUUCUAGUACCCCAUGCUGAGCAUCUUGGUAUCUAUUCUUCCAAUGCUAUCUACCUUUCCGCAAUAGGUGGACUCGGAGGCAUUCUCGGUCGGGCUAUUUUUAUCAUCCUUAUUCGCAAAGGCUUCAACGAAAACCAUGUAUACAUCGUGGUCGGUUUAAUCUGCACGGGGUCAUUCCUGCUUGAUUUCAUCAGUUCUGCUUAUUCAGUCCGUUCUAUCCUGGCAUUUGCCCAAGGGUUUUCUCUGUUCAUCGAGGAAUCUGUGCAUAACAGCUUAGCCAAAAGAACAGUCUUUGAUGAGGAGAAUUUUAACAUGGCUUUGGCGACUUUUAACUUCACGGCUGGAAUGGGUAUAGCCUGUGCAGGAGUAUUUACCGGUUAUCUAUUCGAUGUCAUCCAGUCAUUCACGAUUGUCUUUAUCAUUAUCGGCGUCAUCCACGGCAUAGGUGUCAUCAAUCUUCUCAUCGUUGAGGUUCUGAUCAGAAGACGACGAUGAAUCACAUGAAUAUUCAGAAUUUUGAAUCUUGUGCCAAAAUGACUACAGCUAGAUGCCUAACUUGAAGUGGGGACCUGUAAAUCACCAGGGUCCCGUAACACAAAGGU